UCGCCCAGGUCCUACUUCAAUGACUCUCUGCCCCCACACUUCGCAAUAAGUUACUUUUGAUAACUAUGAUCUACCACAGUGUGCUUUCAUAGGAGACACAAAGAGUGUGGACAAAGCAUAUGAAGAAUCGAACAAAACGAGCCAAGUCCAGCAUUCACGCGCAGAUCAGCAAGUCAUUGGGUUCCGGCCGCACGGGGUCAGUUUUGUCCUCCCUGAAUCCCCAGCACGUAGCACGAUGUCUGGCACAGACAAACCGACUGAACCGUGAGGACAUUUACACAGCAGGUGUAACACUGUGCGCCCCAGGCGAGCCCGCUUCUCCCGGGACACAGGUCUCAGCCCUUAGCCACCUCGAUGCUCAGCUGGUCCUCUCUCGGCCUCUAGAACCACCGCCCCCCACCCCGCACCCCAGCCUCGAGCCCCGAGAGCCUGAAGCUGUCCGUGAGAAUUCCAGUGAAUGGGAUGUGUUUUGCUAAUUAACUGAGAGAAGGAGAGAUAUAAUGUCUCAGGAAGGUGAUUAUGGGAAAUGGACAAUAUCGAGUAGUGACGAAAGUGAGGAUGAAAAGCCCAAACCGAACCAUCCGUCUACCUCUCUUCCCCCCAGUGCUGGGCACCAAGCAGCCUAUGAGCCUAGGUACACCUGUUCCCAGGCUCGGAAAGCCGCCCACAGGAGGAAGAUAUCACCCGUGAAGUGCAGCAACGCAGAUGCAGCCUCAGAAGUUUCACCCCCCAAGAGGCAGAAGAGCAGUUCCCAGGAAGAGCUGGGUUGGUGUCUCUCCAGCAGUGACGAUGAGCUGCCCCCGGAGACGCAGCAGAAGGUGGCCGAGAAAGUGGCAGUCAAAGAGGAGAAAGGCAUUGCCUCGCCCAAAGACGGUGCUGCCCCAACAGCUGGAAAUCACGGCCCUCCUGCCCGCCAUGCGCUCACAGAGGACAAGGAGGAGUACGAAACGUCUGGGGAAGGCCAGGACAUUUGGGACAUGCUGGAUAGAGGGAACCCCUUCCAGUUUUACCUCACUAGAGUCUCAGGAAUUAAGCCCAAGUAUAAUUCUGGAGCCCUGCAUAUCAAGGAUAUUUUAUCGCCUCUGUUUGGGACACUUGUAUCUUCAGCACAGUUCAACUACUGCUUCGACGUGGACUGGCUCAUGAGACAGUAUCCACCCGAGUUCCGGAAGAAGCCGGUCCUGCUUGUGCACGGCGAGAAGCGGGAAGCGAAGGCUCACCUGCACGCCGAGGCGAAGCCUUAUGGGAACGUUUCCCUCUGCCAGGCAAAGUUGGAUAUUGCAUUUGGAACACACCACACGAAAAUGAUGCUUCUGCUGUACGAAGAAGGCCUGCGGGUUGUCAUCCACACCGCCAACCUCAUCCGCGAGGACUGGCACCAGAAGACGCAGGGAAUAUGGCUGAGCCCUUUGUACCCACGAAUGGCCCACGGAGCCCACACGUCUGGAGAAUCGCCUACACGCUUUAAAGCUGAUCUUAUCAGCUACUUGACGGCGUAUAACGCCCCCCCUCUCAAGGAGUGGAUAGACGUCGUCCAGGACCACGACCUCUCUGAGACCAAUGUUUACCUCGUCGGAUCAACCCCAGGACGCUUUCAAGGAAGUCAAAAAGAUAACUGGGGACACUUUCGGCUUAGGAAGCUUCUGAAAGAGCACACCUCGUCCACACCCGGUGCGGAGGCCUGGCCCAUCAUAGGCCAGUUCUCAAGCAUCGGCUCCAUGGGGGCCGACGCUUCCAAGUGGUUGUGUUCCGAGUUUACAGAGACCUUGGCCACGCUGGGGAAGGAAAGCAGGGCCCCAGGGAAAGGCGGCGCUCCUCUCCAUUUGAUCUAUCCUUCUGUGGAAAAUGUGCGGACCAGCUUAGAAGGAUAUCCAGCUGGGGGCUCUCUUCCCUAUAGCAUCCAGACAGCGGAAAAGCAGAGUUGGCUUCAUUCCUAUUUCCACAAAUGGUCAGCGGAGACGUCAGGCCGAAGCAACGCCAUGCCACACAUUAAGACGUACAUGAGGCCUUCUGCAGACUUCGGUCGGAUUGCGUGGUUCCUUGUCACAAGCGCCAACCUGUCCAAGGCCGCCUGGGGAGCGCUGGAGAAAAACGGCGCCCAGCUGAUGAUCCGUUCCUACGAGCUCGGGGUCCUUUUCGUCCCUUCGGUGUUUGGCCUGGACAGCUUCCGGGUGAAGCAGCGGUUCUUCUCGGGCAGCCAGGAGCCCGCGGCGUCCUUCCCGGUGCCGUUCGACCUCCCUCCGGAGCUGUAUGGGAGCAAAGAUCGGCCGUGGAUUUGGAACAUUCCCUACACCAGAGCCCCAGACACACACGGGAACAUGUGGGUCCCCUCCUGAGAGAGCGGAAGCUCUGGGAAACUUACAUGUAAGACACCGAGCCCCCAACAUCACAUGUUCUUGUUCGUUCAGGGCGUUCACGUCCCUUCAGGUUCUCUCUGCACCCCCAGGACACUCCUUGCAAAGGUCACUCUUUUGAACAUGGAUGUUGGUUAUAGGUUUAGUGGUCUUUAUUAACAUUUCUCACUAAAAAAAUGUUAUAUUUUCUUAAUUCUCUUUUCUAUGCUGUGCUUUGGAAUAAGAGCAAUUAAACUCCACACUGUGAAAAGAACACAUAGAUGUAAAGUCCUCGUAGUGACUGGAAUCCUCAGUGGUGUCAGCUCUUCUAACUGAGGGCUGACUGUGUAGGUGGUGCGUUGUUGGGGAAGGUGCUCUUCAUUCAGCCGGCACCUGUCAGAGGGGACAUGUGACCGUUGGCUGUCUCCCCCAGCCCUCGCCCAGCUUCCUGAGGGUCUUGGGGUUGCUGGACCUGCAUCUGCAGAUUCCAGGCGCCCGUCCCUGACGCUGGCGCAGUGGCCCUUCACACCAGGGAGUGUGUGGCCUCAGCCCAGCAGCUUCAGGGCGCUUUCCGCCAUCCCAGCGCUGUGCUGGCUGCCUCACUGCAGACGAUGGGGCUCCCCCGGCCCCGGGCCGGCUGCCAUUCUCCCCGAAUCCCUCAGGCUGUGGGGGUGGCGGGGUGUCUUCCAUUCCCACAAGUUUCCAGGAAAAAAAAAAAAGCUCACAGGAUCACACAAACGCACACAGGUAUUCUGCUUGGAAGGAAUCCUAAAUGGUGAGCCAGUUUGGCGCCUGUGUCUACAAGUGAGGAAACUGAGGCCCAGAAAGGUCCAGGGAGUCCCCCAGGUCACACCGCUUGCUGGGUCGAGGCUCCGAGUGUCUUUCCACGUUGCGCGCACACGUCCUUCGCACCUAGGGGUCGGGGUCUCGCUGGGCCAUCAGACCUGUCUCCUUUAGCGCGAGGCUGAUUUCCAGUUUGCCUCCAGCCUCUUCAUCUUACAGUCGAGAAUGGUGUUACAUGUUCAUUUGGAAAGAUUUUUUUUAAAAUCGUUCUUUUAACUUUUUCAGAGGCCUAGAAUUUUCGUCUUGGAAACUGUGAAGGGAGGGAGGGAGUGGGUGCUGUGCUCCAGGAGGGACCGACCUGGCGAGUCCUCCAACCCCAUCGGAGAG